AUGGCAAUCUGCUCUGCAUGCCCCCCUCCCCCCCAUCCCCCUUGUCCGCCCAAGAGCACCCUCACAGCACGGCAGCACGGCAGCACGGCGGCUCUGGGGCUCUGGGGGCGGCCGUCGCACGUAGCCGUCGAUGCUCGCUGGGCCAGGCUGGGAGCUAUGACGGUGCAGAGUGAGGCAUGGGGUCUGUGUGGCCUCCGUGCUAUGUUUCGACAUGCCGCUAUCAGCCCUCGUCGGCGGCUUCUCGCUAAUCCCAAUGGAAACUGGGUAGCCCUGUACGUAGAUCCUAGCAGCAGAAGCAACAAGCACUGGAUUUCUUCAGUCUUCCGUCCGCUCCUCUUCGAGCUCCACCUCUCUGCUCCAGCCCGCCGUGGUGCUUGUGCCGUCCUUCCUUUGCCUCUUCGCGCCGUAGUGGCUCCCUCACCCCCCCAAAACCGUCUGCUUGCCGACUCCCGACUCGUGCUGCUGGCUCGCCAUCCGUCAUCAACCAGGCACCUUGACAUGCCAUAA